AUGCUGCCUUUGGACCGGUUCGAGAAGCGGAUCGCCACAGCGGAAGCUGUCAGGAGGAGCCCCUCAGAGCUCCGCUUUGACGAUUUGAUCGGCAAAAAUCGCCCCCACGUGUGGGAGGAGGCUGUGUGGCGUCCCUUCGGCUGUGUCAAUAUGGCUGCCGUUAACCUGGAUGUCCUACCUCCGCCAAUCACAUCCCCCCCGCCGCCCAAGCCAAUCACAUGCCCCCCACCGCCCACGCCAACGCCUCAGCCCAAAGUGAAGGCUGAGCGUGCGCCGAAGCCGCUGCCGCCACGGCGCCAGCAGCCGCCAAGGGCAUGCAAGAGAGUGCGGGAGGAGCUGCCCAAGCCACCUCAGCCCAAAGUCAAGGCUGAGCGUGUCUUGCCACCGCGGCGCCAACAGCCGCCCCGUGCCUGCAAGGCAGUGCGCGAGGAGCCUUCAGCGCCGCCAAAGCGUGCGGCGCCAAAGCGUGCGGCGCCUACGCCCACUGCGCCCACCGAGCGGGCAACGAAGCAGCGUGUGGCACCGCCUGCAACAAGUGCUGUGCCCGUCGCACCUUCGCCACCCAAGCGUCCCCAUGCCCGGGCCGCUGCCCGGGCCCCUGCCCCGGCGUUGCCAGCCCCGUUCCAGACGACUCCGGUGACACCGCCAAGCCUUCCAAAACGGAAGGCGGAUGCUCUGACACCGGAGCCGGUCUGCCACACCCCCGUGCUGGGGCUGUUGGGAAGCCAGUCUCUCCUGAAGCGGCGCCGGGUGCAGUGA